CGCACCUAGAGAACACCAAAAUGUGAGGGUUGGACGUAGGAUGAAGGACUUGCAGGAGGCCGCAAAGAGCCUUUAAAAGAGAAGCAGGAAUAAAAAUGGCAUCUAGGAGAAAAUAGUUUGGAGGCCCGGACUAGAGUGAGGCAAGCAAGGUUCGAGGUGAAAAACAGACUUCGGGAAGGGGAGGGCAAGGAAGGCAAGGGUUGAUUUUGUGCUCUGUGUCACCUGCAGAGUUUUCUCCCUGGAUUAUCAGUUGAACUCACCGGGAGGAAUGAUCCCAUUUUAGAACCAAGGAAACUGAGGGGCAGAAAAAAGUAAAAGGCAUUGGGAGUUAGGAGGGAAUUAGGAUCUGAACCUAGGACUCAAACCCAUGAUUUUCCCAGUGCACUCCUCAAAGAAGCUUUCCAGCUGUCACCAGCAGCCUCACAGCCUGGGGAAGGUUGGGUGUGCGGAGGGAACUGGGUGCCUGGCUCCGAGAGGAGAGGACUUCUGAGUUACACAAGCAAGAGCUCUUCCAGUCCAGUAGAAAGUGGAAGAAGCCCCACCCCUUCUGGGGCCUCCAAGAAGCGGGAUCUGAGCAUUGUACACACCAGCUCUGCAGCUCCAAGCAGUCAUGGACCCUGAAGGCCUGGCGCUGCUGCUGCCACCUGCCACUCUGGCCGCCCUGGCAGACAGCUGGCUCCGAGAGGACUGCCCAGGUCCCAACCGCGCAGCCUUGGUCACGGGGGCAGCCCCCGCGCAGGCCGCGCUGUGGGCCAAGUCCCCCGGGGUACUGGCCGGGAGGCCAUUCUUCGAUGCCGUCUUUGCCCAAGUCAACUGCCAGGUCUCCUGGCUCCUCCCCGAGGGCUCCAAGCUGGUGCCCGUGGCCAAGGUGGCCGAGGUGCGGGGCCCCGCCCACUGCCUGCUGCUGGGCGAGCGCGUGGCCCUGAACACGCUGGCCCGCUGCAGUGGGGUUGCCAGCGCCGCGGCCGCAGCGGUGGAGGCCGCCCGGGGGGCCGGCUGGGCCGGGCACGUGGCGGGCACGAGGAAGACCACGCCGGGCUUCCGGCUGGUGGAGAAGUACGGGCUCCUAGUGGGCGGGGCCGUCGCCCACCGCUACGACCUGGGAGGACUGGUGAUGGUGAAGGACAACCACGUCCUGGCAGCCGGCGGGGUGCAAAAGGCGGUUCGAGGCGCCCGGCAGGUGGCGGACUUCGCCCUGAAGGUGGAGGUGGAGGUCAGCAAUCUGCAGGAGGCCGUGGAGGCCGCCGAGGCAGGAGCCGAUCUGGUCCUGCUGGACAACUUCAGGCCUGAGGAGCUGCACACCUCGGCCGCUGCGCUGAAGGCCCGGUUCCCGAGUGUGGGCGUGGAGGCCAGCGGGGGCAUCACCCUAGCCAACCUGCCUCAGUUCUGCGGGCCCCACAUUGACAUCAUCUCUCUGGGGAUGCUGACCCAGGCCGCCCCGGCCCUCGAUUUCUCCCUCAAGCUGUUUGCCGAAGGGACCACUCCAGUGUGCCGCGCCUACCGGCCCUAAAGCAAAAGAGGGCGCCCCUGGCAGUGAAAUACCGCGGUGUCUUGGGCCCCUCGAGUCUGCAGUACAGGACCCUCCCAGCGUUAGCCCGGGCCGAAGUCUGGCUCUGCCUGUGUGGGGUGGAGGGGCUGAUUUUUGCCUCUGCUCCUCUGUAAAAUGGGUCUGAUAAAUGAUCAACCUUA